AUGGUGCGACCCCCAGUUCCUGAUGAAGAUGUCAAACCAUUUACUCCUGAGAAAACCAAGGAAAUUGUGAUGUCUCUACAGCAACCUGCAGUCUUCUGUAACAUGGUUGGUGACUGGCCAGCCCUACGCUGGAAUGCGAGAUACCUUUCUGCCGUGUUGGAUGGAAAGACAAUCCAGUUUAGGCUAGGCCUGAAGACCAUGGAUUUAGUUCCCCAGUUUGAAACCAGGUGUAGCUACGUGAAGGCUACACUUGAAGAGUUUUUGGCUUGGAGUUGCGGGCAGCCUUCUUGUCUCUCUGGACCAUUCAGUUGUUACGAGUACUCCAAAUAUUGGGCUUACGCCGACUACAAAUACAUUGCCAGGAUAUUUGAAGACAAGCCAGAAAUUUUCCAGGAUAUAAGGUGGUCUGACUUUGGUUUUCCUGGAAGAAAUGGAAAAGAGAGCACACUGUGGAUUGGUUCUGAAGGAGCAAACACUCCCUGCCAUUUGGACUCCUACGGCUGCAACUUAGUGCUGCAAGUACAAGGAAGGAAGAGAUGGCACCUCUUCCCACCUGGUGACACCGGUUUCCUUUAUCCCACCAGGAUCCCUUAUGAGGAAUCCAGUAUAUUCAGCAAAGUCAACGUUGCCAACCCUGAUCUGAAACGCUUUCCUGAGUUUAGGAAUGCAACAGCCCAUGUGGUUACACUCAGUCCAGGACAGGUCCUGCUCAUUCCAAGGCACUGGUGGCACUAUGUGGAAUCCAUUGACCCCAUCACUGUCAGCAUAAAUUCGUGGAUUGAACUGGAUGCAGAUCAUGAAGCCCGUGUAGAAGAAGCAAUAACUCGAAUGGUGGUAUGUGCCAUAAAAUCAGCAGAGAAUCCCAGUGAUGGAGAUCUCUGGCUAAAUCCCACAGAGGUUGAGGCAACAUCCCAUGAAAUCAAUCUUCAGUACCUGAAUAAAGCAGUGUCUGCAUAUUUUGAGUGUCAAAAGGCAAGCAUGUCAGAGCAGGCACGUCCCAGCAGCACUCAUGCAGAGCAAAGGGCAAGCGCUUCAUGCAAGAGGAAGAAGAGGGAAGUUGACUGUGAAUCAGAGGGCUGCAAAUUACUAACCCACAAAUUUGGCUUUUCAACACCGAAAGCAGAAAAGCUGCAUAAAAUACCUUUUGGGCCUCAUCUUAUUCAAGUUUUACCACAGUCUCAAGAAACAGGCUCGAUGGGUGCAGUUGCAGUUGAAAGUGACGGCAGAGAUUUUCUCCAUGAAAAUGAAGGAGGACAUUUUGGAAAAUUACACCGCACCAGGAAGCGGCUGGUAACGAGUAAUGACUGUGAAACAUCUGCACAUCAAAUGGGUCCAGACAGCAGUCCAAAUGCCUCACAAACAGCCCUUUCUACCAAUGAUUUGCUAGACUGUUUGGUUAAUCCACAUGUCAUCAGUUUAGUGGCUCAGCUGCUGUUGGAGAGAAUAAGAAUUUAAUGCAAGAGUGCUUUAUCAUUUCUGAAAUAAAGAAAUCAAAU